AUGGACGCUAAUCCAAGUUAUCAUUGGACAACUCAAUGCAUGGAAAUGUUUCGUGCAGCUAUAGUUCUUGCUAAUCGCUACAAAGUCUAUGUGGAUGGCCGUCCCAUUAAUUAUACUAUUCUUCAGACAAACACCAAUUCCAAUGGUUAUACGGAACUUGAACUUGUCUGUCGAUCAAUUACUAAUCAAACAGAACCUGAUGUUGUAGGUGUUGUCGGACCAUCAAGUUCAACUAAUGCACGUUAUCUUGGCCCAUUUGCUGCACGCAUACGUUUGCCACUUGUUUCUUAUGCUGCAACUAAUGCUGAUCUUGACGAUACAUUUACCUAUCAAACAUUUUAUCGUACUAUACCUUCAGAUACUCUUCUAGCUCAAGCUGUUGUGCAAUUGUUUAAAUAUUUUUCAUGGACAACUUGUACAAUAAUUAUUGGAAAAGAUGAUUAUGGUUAUGGUGGAUUGAAAAUAUUAUCAGAACUUUAUUAUUUAAAUUUGUCAAUUCAAGAUCGAUUAAUAUUUGAUCCACAGUCUGAUAGAUUUCACGUUGAUUUAAAGCAAACAUUAGAAAAAAGCCGAUCUCGUAUUGUAUUAGUUUGGGCUAAUCAAAGUUCAACUACAAGAAUUACUCAACGUGCACUUGCAGAAGAACUUCUCGGUAGAAACUAUGUAUGGGUAAUGACAAACAAGAUUGAUUUCCAUACAUUCAAACAAAAUGAUUGGUUUAAGUUAAAAGGUAUUCUUGCUGUAGUACCUCUCAUAGGUAAUAAUAGUGCCUUUGGUAUUAAUGAAACAUUACAAAAAGAAGCUUUCGAUACAUGGCGUAAUUUAUCAAGUGAUAAAAUCAAAGUUCCAGAUCGAUUAUCUGCUGUUAGUCCAUUUGCCAUGUAUACAUUUGACGCUGCUUGGGCUUUGAUUCAAGCAUUAAAUAAAUCAUUGCUUGACAACGAAUCACCGUCAAUGAAGAAAUCAUCUACAUGCUUUGAUAGUUUAUUAGAGAAUCAUACUAAGUAUCUUAUGUAUCUGAAAAAUACUUGUUUUUUCGGCGUGUCAGGAAUUAUUCAGUUUUCGAGCAAUAAUUUACGUGAACAUGUCCAUGGUGCCAUGUAUGCUCUCUACAAUGUGCAAGAUAUAAAUCAGAAACCUGAUAAAGUAAAACGAGUACCAAACUAUAAACAAAUAAUGACAUGGCAUGAAACAAAUCGUAAUUGGGCAAAUUGUACUGACCAAAACAAUAUUAAUAUCAUCUGGCCCAGCAAUGAAUCUGAAAAAGUGCCUACUGAUUAUCCACAACUUCGAGGUGUACAUUUGCGAAUUCUUGUCAUCGAAGCACCUCCAUUCGUUAUAGUGCACAAUAUUUCGGCUCAAGGUCAAUCCUGGAACAAUAUUAAUCUUGGUGAGCAGGUUGGUUUUCGCAUUGAUCCUUUAAAAACUAAAAAACCAAAUAUUUUUAUUUAUGGAAUUGUUGCUGAUUUAAUUCGUGAACUUCAACAGAAAAUGCAUUUUAGUUACACUAUUGAUGUAGCUGAUCUAUCAACAAACUAUCAUUCUCUUGUUGCAUCAGUAGCAAGUGAUAAUCGUCAAUAUGACAUUGCUUUAUCUGAUAUCAGAAUCACUUCAGGUCGUCUUUUAACAGUUGAUUUUUCAACACCAUUUCAUGAAAAUACAUUUCGAAUAAUAACUCGACAAAAUCCAUUUUCUUCAUCAGUUAGUCUUUUCUUAUAUUUUAAUCCAUUUACUUGGGAUGUAUGGGCAGCUAUUUUCUCAAUUAUGAUUUAUUCGGGAAUCAUUGUUUAUCUUUUUGAACAUCAAAAUAUAAAAAAUGAGAAUAGUCGAUCUGAAUCUGAAUUAAAAUCUAUUGUAAUUGGUAUAUGUCGCACAUUAACUAGUAUUUUAAUCAUGAGUGGUGACGUACGUCUAACAACAGCUUCAAGUCGAUUAACAGUUUUAGGUUUAUAUGGAUUAGGUGUUAUUCUUGUUGCAACAUACACCGCUAAUCUGUCAUCUUCUCUUACGUUAAGUCGUGCUCAACCGUCUAUUUCUGGUAUUGAUGAUAUAAAAAAUGGUCGUGUACCUUUUUCGCGUAUUGGUAUUGUCACUAAUUCAGCUGCAUCAGAUUAUUAUAUACAAAAUAUUUCUUCAACAUAUUAUCCUCUUUCUUCAGCCGAAGAGAUGUACUUAAAAUUACAGGAUCAUACAAUUGAUGCAUCCAUAUGGGAUUCAUCUGUAAUUGAAUAUGCUGUUAACAAUUAUUUUUGUGAUAAAUUAAUUGUAACUGGUGUUGGUUUUGUUAAAUCAUCAUUUGGUAUUGUGUUACCUAAAAAUUGGCUAUAUAAGAGAGAUUUAGAUGUUCAUAUUUUGGCUCUCCGUGAAUCAGAAAGAUUAGAAUCAUUAGAAAAUUUGUGGCUUAAACAUCGAGCAUGUUCAUCAUUAUCAAGUAGUUCAAAUCAUGUUGAUGAAUUUUCUUCCUUUGUCAGUCUUGUAAGUCCUAAAAUUGUUUCAUAUUUACUUGCUAUAUUUCAAUUCAAUACUCUUGAACAAGUUAAAUUUCCACUUAACACCAUAAUUCCGUCUACAGCACGAAAGAUUAGCGUGACUGUCUUCAUUCGAAGUGGAAUGACUUCUGGUGAAGCUGCUUUUAAUGUUUGGUUAUGGACUGAAUGUUCUGAAUCCGGUAUUAAAGAUACAAAAUUCAAACGUGGCUAUCGUUACUAUCAAAGUGCUUAUUCAUUUGAUUUGGAAACACUUGAAUUUUUCUAUUGUUCAUCGAAGCCUGAACUUAAUGUCAUUACAGAUAAUCAAGCAAGUAAUGUACACCUUGAGCUAUACGCAGUAGGUUAUACUAACAUUUAA